CAGAGACUGCUGCUCCCAGGGAUUCCUGCUGGUCCCAGGACUCCUGCUGCUCCCUGCAGAGUGAGGGGCUGCACCUGCUGCCAAGCAGCACCUGCUGAGGCCACAGGUGAGUGAUGGCUGAGGAGGAUCAGGCUGGGGGUACAGCAGCCCCGUGGUGUGUGUCACACGACACAGCCACAGCCAGCAGGGCCAUGGGAGCCAUCCUGGCUGUGCUGGCCUCGCUCAUCCUCGCUGCCAACGUGCCAGUGGCCAUCAUCCUGCUCUGCCACAUCCAGAAGAGUGGCUCUAAGGGGCUCUGCUUUGUCCUCAACCUUGCCUUGGCUGAUGCCAUGGUUGGCUUCACAGUCAUGGGCGUAGCCAUGGAUGAGCUUUCUCAGCCCUAUUAUCCUUCCCAGAACUUUUGCGCCCUGAGAAUGGCUUUUGUGACCUCUUCCUGUGCUGCCUCCAUCCUGUCCCUGAUCCUGGUUGCGUGUGACAGGCACCUGGCCAUCAGGAAGCCUUUCCACUAUCUGCAGCUGGUGACAGGCCUGCGGGUUGGGCUGUGCUUGCUGGGGCUCUGGCUGCUUGCUGCCGUCGUUGGCUUCCUCCCAGUCUUCAUCCCGAGCUUCCAGAGGGACUCCAAGCAUUGGAAAUGCUCCUUCUUCAACGUCUUCCACCCAUCCUACAUGCUCACCAUGUUCUGCUUUGGCUUCUUCCCUGCGCUCUUCCUCUUCCUCUACCUCUACUGCGACAUGCUGAAGAUCGCCUGGGUGCACGUGCAGCACAUCCAGAAGGUGAAGCAGGCGGGGCUGGCAGGGAGCUGUCCCCCUCCCCGUGCCACCAGUGACAUGAAGGCCAUGCGCACGGUGGCCGUGCUCAUCGGCUGCUUCACUGUGUCCUGGCUGCCCUUCUUCAUCGCCAGUGUGGUGCAGAUGGUCUGCCCUGAGUGCUUACCCUACAAAGUCAUCGAGAACUUCCUCUGGCUGCUGGGGCUGGGCAACUCCCUCCUGAACCCCCUGCUCUACUCCUACUGGCAGAGGGAUGUGCAGCUGCAGCUGUCCCAGCUGGCUGCAGCUCUCAAGAGGAGGCUCCUGUUCCACCUGGGCCACGGCCGCUGUUUCCCCGGCAGAGACACCAAGGCUCUUCCUGCUGUGUCCUGCCUGGAGCUCCAGGACUGACGGGGUAAGGAGAGGUUGUCUCCGGCUUUCCAGCUCCCCUCCUGCACUGUGAUCACCAGCUCAGCGCCUGCCAGGAGCGAAGGAGAUCACAGAUGGGUGGGACCAGCCUGGGUGUCAAUUCCCAGCCACCAUCAAGGCCAGAUUCCAGCCUGCCCACUGCCCCACAGCCCCAGCACAGCUGAUAAAAGAAUUUUAAAAUGCCUCUCAGUUGCCCUGUCUCUGGGUCAGAAAAGGGCAAAAUCCAACAGCUGGCUUCACCCUAGCCCCAGGAUGCAGGUAUUCCCUGACAUCCUCUGCUGGAGCAGCCCUGUGUCUCCUGGACCAAGCUCCCACACUCGCUCCACAGGCAAAGACCCCCAAUCUUCUUCCCCUGCCAGGUGUGUACCCCCUGCCCUCCCCUGUGUCCCCAGCACUGCCUCCCCAGCAGCAAACCCCCUGUUCCUGGGGCAGUUAUGGGCACAGCACAGGCUGGGCAGGCUCUGAACAUCCCCAAACUUUCCUGGACCAUAGGUGCUCCCUUCCCAAACCCACCUCUCCACUGCUUGGGGCAGUGGUGAGGAGGGUGGGUUUGGGCAUGGGGCACAGAGAGGGCUUUGAGGGCUGGUGUGAUCAGGGCAGGGGGGGGCAGCCUGGCCCUGCUGUCACUGUUUACCCAGGCUGUAAAGUGAGUCAAUGAGUAACUGGCUGAACAAGGACAGUAAGGAUUGGCUGCCUUAGAGAUCCCCACGAAGGAGAGCUGCCCCACCCAGGAUUUGGGACUGGAAGGGUCUCUGCACACCCACCCUGCCCUUGGAAUGCCCCCCCCGCUUCUGCCCUAGUAGCUGCCCCUGCCAGAGGCUAUAGUGAUUGCUUCUUAUAAAAUCAUUUCAUUUCAUCCACACAGCAAGAAAACUUCCCUUAGAAGAGGUUUUAUUGCUAAAAAAGCACGCUGCUCUGAAAAUGAGGAUGCUGUGCAUGAAGCAGCAGCUGUUCCCACCUCUGUCCUUGCUCCAAGCAGCCACAAAGGCUCAGGGCUGUGUCCACUCACAUCCAGAACUUCCCUUCCUAAAAAAAGAGGCAAAAAUGGAAGUGUCUUUAAAAGACCCCAAACAAGAGGCCUUCUGUGGCAUCCCCUGGGCCUGGGGAAGGCCUGGGGCCAGGUCCCAUAUGGCAGACACUGAUCCUGGCUGUGCAGGAUGGACUGAACCUGGGGGAAGGCUGGCUCUGGGGGCUGCUCUAGGGGGAUCUGGUGAGUGAAUGCAGCUCUGGGCUCAGGCUCAUCAUCUCCCUGCACUGUGCUGGGGAUUUGCUGCCUGCUCUUGGUGAUGCCUGAGCUCUGCUGUGGCUUCCGUCAUCCUCAUCCUCGACGAGCCUCUGCCUCCCUCCAGCACCUUCUGCAGCAGGUCCCAGCAGGAACAGGGACACUUUGGACAUGAGCCUCGUACUGCUUCCCGAGCUUUGUGACUGCUAGCUCUGCUGCCUGAGUCCAUCACCGACCUGGCCAGGUUGCAGGUCUGGAUCAGCCUGAGGAGCAGGAGCCCAGACUGUGUAGGAGCCCUGUCCAGGUGGGAUCAGGGCUGUGCAGGAACCCUGUCCAGGUGGGAUCAGAGCUGGAGGGGGCUCUCGGGCUGGUACAGCUCCGUCUCCCUCCCUGGACACAUCUCCAGGUCCUGCUGGGCUAACCCGGAUCCUUGUGAGGCCAGGCUGCUCCCACCCCUUGUCCCAGAGCUCCCCUGUCCCGCUCCAGCCUGCGGUGACUGCGGCACCGAGCCCGCUGCGGGAGCGGCUGGACCAUGCGGGGUGGCCAUGGAGGGAGGGGACGGAGCCAUCCAGCCGCUCACGGACACCGGAGGGACGGA